AUGUCUGACGGCGACCUUAAAACUGUAUUUAAUUCCUUCUGUGCUUUUGGUGCGGGAAGCAAGGACGCUCAGGCUACGAUGGACAACGCGAAAUUUGGCAAACUUUUUCGUGAUCUAAAGCUGUACGACAAGAAAUUCACAAGCACUGACACGGACAUCAUCUUUAACAGACCUGAAGUCAAGAGGUAUUAAAGAGAUUCUGGUCUUUCCCUUUAUAUUUUAGUGGAUAUUGUUUUAAUUUAAUGCACAGCUGAUGUUUCCGUUUCUCACGGUUGCAGCAAAACUGAAAGAAAGAUAAAUUUUAGUCAGUUCAAAAAAGCCUUAGAAUUGUGUGCAGAGAAAAAGUACGGGAGCAAAGACGAUGUCGGAAAGUUCAUCGAGAAAAUUUGUGCUGGUAAAGGUCCCGCCACAAGUGGAGCAACGGUGAGUUGUUUAAAUGUGACCUACUGGGUCUUUUGUAUGUGUAAAAAGUUUAUGUUUGUGACCGUAUGUGCAUGUAAUUAAUUGUCUGAUGUUGUCAUGCACCUUGUCACGACAAAUGCAUGGAAUUGAAAACAAAAAAAUUGCCAUCAACUGUGUUAUACGGUUGAAAAAAAAAACCUCCCUUAUACCAAACUAUUCUACUUGGCACGUUAGGGUAGGGUAUUCAAAAUUAUAAGAAUAUUCUAGCUGUAUAUUAAUUAUACAUGUAAAUUGCACUUUAUAAUUAUUAACCCAAAUUCCUGGGUAGCUUAUAUACUCUCAGUUUUUACGCAUGGGUAGGUAAAAAUUUACUUUUUUUAAUAUGACAUAGUAAAUUGGAAAGAUUGAAAGAUUCAGUAUAGCUUUCCAAGUUCUACAUAAUUAUUUGAGAUAAACAUUGAAACUAUAAAUAACAUAAAGUAUCAUCUGUUCUUUGUUUACUUUCUUUAUGUCAGUAAUUACAAAUUGGGGCCCCUCAAUUCUGUUAAAAUUUAAAGGGCAAUUUUAAAAGGGUUUUGAAUUCAUGUAUGUUUGGUUAUUGCUGAAAAUCACCAAGACUUUAUUUUAAUUAGCACAUGUACCCAAGAGGGGGGGGGGGGGGGGUAUUCCAGAUUUAAAGUGACACGGGUGACCAAAGGAUUUUUUUGGGGUAGGAAAAUUUUAGAUGGUAUGAUGAAGAAACAACCACCAGCAAUCAAUUUCUAUUUUUUUUGUUGUAUCAUUUAAUGCCUUCUGGAAAUUUUUAAGGUUCAAAAAUUCGUCAUGGGAUUUUUUUGGUAUUAACUUUUUGUCCGGGGAUUUUUGUUCAGGUUUUGUUGGAAGCCCUAGGUAUUUGUUUUGGUUUCCAUUUUUGCCCCCAUUUGAUCAUCCCUGUCACCUGAAUUCCGGAGUACCCCCUCCCCCCCAGGACAUGUACUUGUAAGGACACUGGGUUUGAGUUUGUUGAAUGAUCACAUAUUCAUAUGGAAGCCAGGAAACUUUACUGUGGAUAACAAGCCAAUCAUGGAAGCACAAUUGGGUGGGAAACAGGAUUGACACUUUCUCUGGUAUAAAAGGUACUGUGUUAAAAAUCAUUUUAUUUAUUAAACCAUGACAGAAAGCUGUCAAGGCUGGUGGAGUAGAUCGCCUGACUGAUACUUCGAAAUAUACUGGUUCUCACAAGGAACGUUUUGAUGAGAGUGGAAAAGGCAAAGGCAUUGAAGGGCGUGUUGACCGUGAUGACAAAGCUGCUGAAGGUUAUGUAGGAGGAUACAAGGGAAAGGACACUUAUGAUAAAACACACUAACUUAUUAAUGCCUAAUACUGGGGGACUAUUGAGUAUGUACUAUGCAAAAGGGAAGUAGAAGCUGAUAGGAUUGUCCAAUCAGGGCUGUCACUAAGGGCCAAGAGCGGGCAAUUUUCUCUGGCUACCUUGAACAUGGCUGCUGGCUACUCUCACGUUUAUUAAUGAAUUUUCUUGGUGUUCAAUUCCUACCUACUAAUUGCUUAUGCCAGGCAACUUGAAAUCUAAGUGACAGCCCUGAUCAAACUUCUAAAGGAGACCAACCUUAACAAACUCAGCUUGGCUUUAUUUAAUAACUCAAAACAAUGUAAUUACACCUAAAAGAUAUGAUGCAGUGUUCUCUGUGUAACAGUACAGUACAUGUGCGCAAUUUACUGCAGAAGUCAAAUAAUUUGUUAGCAUUUAGCUUAACUUCACUGUGUACUAAAGUUUUUCUUUACCAGGGCUGUCAUACAUUCCUUCCUCUAACCUAUGUGUAGCUACACCCUCCCCCCGACAAAAGAAAAAUGGAGAGAGGGGUGGGAGGGUGUGGCUACACAUUUAGCUGUAGGCUAUCCGUCUUCAUGCUGGGAAAAAAAUGCAUGGCAGUUCUAGAACACAUCUGGCAGCAGUAUUAAACAUAAUCCAGAAAUAUACUUUACAGGGUUGGAAUAUGAUUGCUUUCAAACACUCAUAAACCAUUCCUGCAUUGUGCCCCGGAGAGCACACUUAAUGAAACAAGAUUAAGGUUUGGGUGGACAAAUCCAUACAAAUAACUCACUGUGUUUUGUCACUGCAAGCCUCGAGUUUGUGCCAAGUUAGUUCACACGAAUGUGGGGACAGUCUAUUUCAUACAUGUGGGCACAUCUUUCAAAGAGACCACACUGUAGUUGUGGGCAUCCUCAGCUGCUUUCCUUCCUUUUACAUAUUACACCUACCUACCCCCUCCCCCAGGUUGAGAGCACUCAGAGUGUAAACACAAGGCCAACUGAGGAUGAAUUUUCAACAUUUAUCUAUAAAACAGUGUGGCAAAGUUUAGUAUAAUAUGAAAAAAAAUGUAUAAGUAGACCAUUGUGUGUCUUUUAUGAACCAUACAUAACUCAGGUGAUCUAAUUAACUGUUUUUUUUUAGCUCUGUUAAAAUGUACCGGUAGUUGUGAUCAUCUUCUAAAGACAAUAACAAUAAAGCCUUGAAAU